UUGUCUAUUUCUGUAGGUCGUUCACGCUCUUUCUGUGAUAUGGAUAUGAUUUACAUUUUUUUUGUUGAUGCUCACCAUUUCGAAAUGUGUAAUUUGAUCGAAUUAAAAUAAUCUUUAACGAUAACAUUUCCUUCGAUUAAGCUGAGAUUUCAAGACUCAGAGUCAUUUCAAAGUCAUAGCAUAGUAGAUCGUUGAACUUGUCUUAAGAUCAGCUACAACAAUAUGUAGUAGAAAAAGCAUAGCUUUAUUUAAAAAAGUCAAGAUGGGCUUGACAAAAACAAUAUUAUCAAAACAAUUUUUUGGAAAUUUCUUGUACAGAAAUUUGUAGCCAAUUAAUAACUAAUUAACAAAACUUAUACCAAAAUGAUAAAUCAAAAACAUUUUUUCCCCAGAUUAUUAAAAGUGUUUGAAAAGUCACAAAAGUGUUUAAAUAAUCAAUUAUUUUAAUAAACUGCAUUAUUUAGCAGGAUCAUGUUUGAUAUUUGUCCUAUAUAUGUAUAUUCAAGAUAGAUAUUCAUUGAGAUCUAUUAUAGAUAGAUAUUCAUGCUGUAUUCUAAAUUCUUGUUAAAUAUUUGUUUGCGAUAAAUAUCUCGUAACUUUCAAUGUUGAAAUUCUACAUGUUUAAAUUGGUUGUAACGACAGUGUAAUCGUGAUAAUCACGAUUAGACUGCGAAUAUUUAUUUACUUAUAGAGAAUGUCAAGGUGUAAAAAUUUGCCGAAUACACAUAUAGUAAAAAGUAUCUAAAUAUCUAAUAUAUCUAAAGCUAUAUAAUAUAAUAUUUUGUCGGAGAAACCAAUCUCUAUUUCCUUAUAUUCUUUUAUUACAUUCUCAAAGUAUGGAUUUGCGUAAAUAUCUGCCCAUUAUAGUGUUAAUGAAAUUUCAAAAUAUUCUAUAUGACACACAUAAUAUAGCACAAAACAACAUGAUAAGUGUUGAAAUACUUCUGUAAGGCAGUGUAGGUGAUUCAAAUAUGUAAUCCUAUUUUAUUAUAUUAUAAGAUCAUGGCUGUGAAAGAAUGGUUCAGAAGACUGCAGCCCGUCCAAUUGUACCUGAUCCUGUUUUUCACCACCGCUUUCUUUGUCGUCGAAAUGGUCGCCAGUCAUGUGACUCAUUCGCUCACGUUACUCCUCAAUGCCUAUCACAUGCUAUGCAACAUCAUAGCACUUGUUGGUUGUAUCGCCUCCAUCAAGUAUAGCCAUCGUCAAAGCAGCAUCAGUCACAGUGAAAAUAGCGUUUCCAGUUCCUUACGAAAUUCAGUAAUUUGCAUAAAUGGCGAUGAACGCGGUUCUACGACGUCUUUGUCGACGAAAACAAAGCAAUCACGAUCGGAUAGGAGGAUGAAGAAUACAUUUGGCUGGGCGAGAAUAGAUAUCGUUACGAUGCUUAUUUGUUGCGUUUUUCUCGCGUCUUUUUGCUUUUCUUUGUUGGUCGAAGCUUUACAAACUCUGGUGCAUAUAGAUCAUUUGGAUGAAAUGCACCAUCCGAUGCCUGUUCUUACAAUUGGCGCGUGUGGUAUCCUUCUUAAUGCUUUUUGUUACAUACUAAUUGGAGGAUACACCUUCAAUCAGGGUCUUGUUCUCCAUGUUACAAUGAAUGGAGAUGUGAUACUACGACGGAACAGUUCGCAGCAAGCGAAAGAAGGUGAAGAACAGUUAUCUUCGCAAACUAGGCGAAGUCCUCUGGGUAUACCAAAAAGCCAAGGUCUACGAGAAACGUGUCGUGAUGCCUUGGGCUGUGUUUUUGUUAUUCUCGUGUCCAUUUUAGUAUAUUUUACCGAUUCUAACGUGGCCAAAUACAUCGAUCCGCUUUUCGCAAUUAUUUCGGCCAUUUCACUCUUCGCACUUAGCUAUUCAUAUAUGAAAGAAUCUGGACUGAUACUGCUGCAAACAAUCCCUAAUCACAUAAACAUUGAUUCUCUUAAGAGAGAAUUACUAGAAGCUUUCCCUGGUAUCGUGAACGUGCACGACUUACAUGUUUGGCAAUUAACAGGGCAGAAGAUAAUCUCUACGGUUCACAUCAUAUUCUUGGAUCCAAUGGUUUAUGCCAGUAUUACCGACGAAGUAACAGCCUUUUUCAUACAGAUAGGAAUAACUCAAGUUACAAUACAGCCAGAAUUUUAUAAGUUGAGACCAAAUACGGAAAAAGCCGGUUGCUUGAUACGUUGUCAUGGCGAGCACUGCAGUUCAUCUCAAUGCUGCUCCAAAGAAAAAUUCAUCGAAGAUUCAUGUUCAGACAUAUCAACCAAACAACAAGCACAAUCCAUAAACAAGAAACUAGAAAAAAAGCAAGUUAUUCCAGCUUCCACAAACAUCGAUCUAGAAAGGUUUACUAUCUAUGACGAAGAAGGUUCAAAAUCAUGUCAAUCGAACGAAAAUCUGCCUGACGGAAGUUCGUGCCAGCAGAUAGAUGAAGAUACAUACAAUAACAAAGAUAAAGCGAUUGAUAACAGUCUUUAUGCGAUAAAUGUAGUAAAUGUUAACGAUGGAAAUUGUGUUUCGUGUAUUACGAGUCACGAUGAACAGAAUUUAGAGAUAGUAUCUUAACUUUUAAUCCUGCUGAAAUCUGCGAAUUUUCAUAUUUCAAUUGUAUUUAUAAAUAAUUAAUGUAAAAUUGAAUGAGAAAUCCUGCAUACCGAUCUGUGUAUUUUGUCUAAACUGAAAACAUUUUUAACAUUACAAAUAUAAUUGGGUCGAGAAUAACUGGAAGAAUGUACACCACGGGAUUAGUUGAUAUAUUGAAUUUUUAAUUGAAUGAAGUUUUAGUUAAUUUAAUUUAAUAAAAUUUAAUUUAAUAUAGAUAACUAUGAUAAAAUAGUUAAUUUAAUUGUAUAUUUUACAUUCUCAAUGAUAAAUAUUAAUACGAGCAAUAAAAUAGGUUGGAAUUAGAAAUUUUAAAAUGAGGUGAUCUAAUUUUAAACCGUUAUGGCCCUAAUGACCCAAUGUUAACAAUCAAUGUUGAUUUUCAAACGAGUUAUAUAUAGAGGUGCGAGGAAGUUUCCGGCAAAAUAGAUUUUUCACUCUACGUUCCAGAAACAAUAUUUUAAUAAAUAUUACUAGACUUCCCCAAAAGUUUGUAGCGUUUCUGGUAAUAAUCGAUAUUAAGUUUUGCUUUAUAUUUCAAUAGAAUGAAAGAGGGUUAUUUACAGUGGUUAAGAAAAGUAUUUGCAUACAUUCUCAUUUUUCAUUUAUCAAUAUGAACAGAAAGACUGGAAACUAGUACUAAAGAAGCACUUAGAAGCCACUGAUUAUGUAUUUCCAUAAACUGAAAAGUACGAGGAAUAUUAUAAUGAUGUAAUUAUGUUAUAAAUAUUAUUUGUUACAUUUACUUUGGAAUUUACCAUUAUUUAUAUGAUAUCUGUAUACAUAACAAAUAAAUUUAUGAAAAUAA